AUGCGCGUCUGUGCACCCGCAGGCCAGGCAUUGCCAACUGGAAUGUUUCCUGGAGCCCCUUGCCGAAACCCUACAAAUCCCACGCCGUCUUUCCAUUUGGUGCUCAACGGUAUCGAGGACCUCAUUUUGUGCUUGGGCAUGCAUCUCUUCACCUGCCAAUGUAGGGUCCCGUCACGCCCGAUUGAAAACGAAAUGGCCCGCAUUCUAUUGCUGCUCCAAGUGCUAGAAGCCCGGAUCUACGACCACAACGCUCUGAAC